UCCUCUUACUAUCCGUAAUUCACGACUUCGCUAGUGACGUGACAUGUUUCUUUCCUUUUCUAACCUCGUCUGUGUUCCAGGCGGAUUUUAACAUCGUUCCGUUUGUGGGGAAAGUAAUCGAAGUGAAAAUGCCAGUAAAGAUCACAAUGACUAGUGAAUAUAUCGAAAUGGAAAACAACAUGGGGACCAGUUUGGCGGAGAAAAAAUCAAUGAAGAAAUGUAAAAAAGAAAAGACCAAGAAAGGAAAGCUGAAUAAAAAGAAAGAAGUUAAAGUGGAGGUUGAGUGUGAUCCACCUGUUCCCAAGAAGAAAAAGAAAGAUGACACUACUAAAGGAAGCUCAAAGAAGAAGUCCAAUGAUGUCAACAGCAACUUGGAUAAUGGAACGCCAGUAAUGAAAACUCCAUCUCAUUCCAGUGAAGAGUCCUCCAGUGGCUCUGAACAUGAUAAUUCAAUCAAGGAAGAGACUCCGGAAAAGAAAGAAGGUGCAUUCUCCAACUUCAGAAUCUCAAAAGAAAUGAUAAAAAACCUUCAAGGACGAGGUGUGUCGUACCUAUUUGAUAUCCAAGUCAAAACCUUCAACUCUGUUUACGAUGGAAAAGACGUGGUGGCACAGGCCAGAACGGGCACAGGGAAGACCUUCUCUUUUGCCAUUCCCCUUGUUGAAAAGCUACUGGCAGAAACUGAGGAGAGGAGGAGAGGCCGAGCUCCAAAGGUCCUGGUCCUUGCACCAACCAGAGAACUGGCUCUUCAAGUGUCCAAGGAUUUUAAAGAUAUCACAAAAAAGCUAUCUGUGACCUGUUUCUAUGGUGGCAGCUCCUACGUCCCCCAACUGGAUAGCAUCCGCAAUGGCAUCGAUAUCCUUGUGGGCACACCAGGGCGUGUGAAAGAUCAUCUUCAGAACAACAAACUGAACCUGUCCCUGGUGAGGCAUGUGGUCCUUGAUGAAGUCGACCAGAUGCUGGACAUGGGCUUUUCUGAACAAGUUGAAGAGAUUCUAGCAUCUUCCUACAAAAAAGAUUCAGACUGCAAUCCUCAGACCCUGCUCUUUUCUGCUACCUGUCCCUCCUGGGUGUAUGAUGUGGCCAAGAAGUACAUGCGGCCACAGUUCGAGCACAUCGACCUCAUUGGCAAAAAGACAAAAAAAACUGCCACCACAGUGGAGCAUCUGGCUAUCGCCUGUCACUGGUCUCAGAGGGCGGCGGUCAUUGGAGAUGUAAUCCAGGUGUAUAGUGGCAGCCAUGGCCGCUCCAUAGUUUUCUGUGAGACCAAGAAGGAGGCCAGCGAGCUGUCAAUGAAUACCUCCAUAAAACAGGAUGCCCAGUCAUUACAUGGAGACAUUCCUCAAAAACAGAGGGAGAUGACACUGAAAGGAUUCAGGAAUGGGUCCUUUGAAGUCCUGGUAGCCACAAACGUAGCGGCUCGAGGGCUCGACAUUCCAGAAGUUGACUUGGUCAUACAGUGUUCUCCACCAAAGGAUGUUGAGUCUUAUAUCCACAGGUCAGGGCGAACAGGCAGAGCGGGCAGGACAGGUAUCUGCAUUUGCUUCUACCAGCGCAAGGAAGAGGAACAGCUUCGAUAUGUGGAAAACAAUGCCGGCAUAACAUUUAAACGGGUUGGUGUCCCAUCUGCCAAUGAGAUCAUCAAAUCCUCCAGUAAAGAUGCAGUGAAGUAUUUGGAUUCUGUACCCACGACUGCCAUUGAUUAUUUCCGUGAGGCUGCAAAGAAGCUGAUUGAGCAGCGGGGGGCAGUGGAGGCCUUGGCUGCUGCCCUGGCCCACAUAUCUGGUGCUACCGCAAUUGAACAGCGCUCCCUCCUCAACUCCGAUGCAGGCUACACAACCAUGCUGAUGAAGUGCUCACAAGAGAUGCACAGCAUCAGUUAUGCCUGGAAGAGCCUAAAGGAGCAGCUUGGAGAGGACAUGGACAAUAAGAUCCAAAGGAUGACUUUCCUCAAGGGCAAGACCGGUGUUUGUUUUGAUGUUCCAACUGCUAAGGUGAAAGAAAUCCAGGAAGUGUGGCAGGACGGUCGACGUUGGCAGCUGUCUGCUGCCACGGAGCUUCCUGAGCUGGAGGAGAGCAAACGCACUGAUGGUGACCGGGGAUCUGGGCGAUUCAAUGGUCGCCGUGCAGGAAGGGGAGGAGGUGGAAGAGGCUCCUGGAACCACAGCAACAGGAGAGGGGGAGGCAGGGAAGGGUCAGGAAGAGGUCAGAAACGUAGUUUUAGUCGGGCCUUUGAUUAUUAACUUGGUCUUCUGGAUUGAUUUCAUAUUUCAUAUUCCUGCUCCUUGUGUAUGCUUUCAGGUUGUACUACUUCAACCCUGUCACCCCUGAACUUGUAUUGAAUGAUUGCUUAGCAAUUAUUUAUAUGUAAUCCUAUAUACUGCCUAUUCAUAGGAAUGAGUUGGACUUCAUUAAAGGUGUUCUUUAAAAUC